AUUCUAAACCCGGUCUAGUAUAGUUUGACCGGUCAAGUAAUUUACACCAUCAUUUUUGGCGCCAUCCGUGGGACCGUUAAGGUUUUUUCUUUUCUAAACACAAACCUACCCACAAAAACACCACUCAAAAUGUCUUCCAGUCAGCAAAUCAACGCUACCUCUGCUCAGGUGCAAGCCACCACUGAAGGCACCAGCAUCCCCAUGGUUGCUACCCUGCCAGCCGUUUCUACUCCGGUUUUGCCGAUGGGACUGAGCUCGGUCCCAACACCCAGCAUGGUCAGCCCAUUCACGGCCCCCGUCCCUUCUGCCGGGCCAAGGGUCACCUUUCCACCAAGCAUGACCCAGUUCAUGAAUGACCCAGCCAACUUACAAGCCAUCCAGGGCUUUGGCCAGGUCAUGGCCAUGUGCCAACAGAAUGGGGGGAUGCCUUUCCUCCCAGGCAUGUUUCCAUUCGCCCUUCUAGGUGCUGGAACGAUGCCCCUUCAAGCUCCGAUGGCAGUGACGCCAUUCCAGACGCCGGUGCCGCAACCAUCACCUUUCCAGCCGCAGCUGGUCAGCACCAUGGCACCUGUCAACUUGACUGGUGCGCUCAACGCCGCAGGGCCGUCGCGUCCCCCGCAAGGUACGAAUCCACUAAUCACCCCCGAUGGUCACUGCGUCUCAGUGGAGAGCGGAAACGACGAGUGGGACAUUCCAAGGACCCACAAGAAGAAGAAGGGAAAAACCAUCCGACCCGCCACCUCCCGAAACUCCGCCUUCGAAAGGCUGGGGGAUAGGGAGGAGGGCCAGAGAAAAUCGGCCAAGCUAAGGCUGGGGCAAAGCGUUGCCCAUGUUAGCGCGUUUGCCCGGUUAGGCGAGAUGAUUGAGGCCGAGCCUGCCCGCACCCAACGCUCCCGGUCAAACCGGCAGGAGCCAGCCAGGACGAAGGCCUCUCGCCAGGAGGAAGAGGCAGAAAGCCAACCCAGGGUACUGGUGGCUAACAGGUUAACCACCCCCAAUGAUCACGUCCAACAGAUGGAGGCAAAGCUGGAGAGGCUGGAGAAGAAGGUUGGAGAGAAGAAUGACCGGGACAAACCCCUCGCAGGGUCCCCGUUCACUACAAGGGUCCAUCUGACACCUUUUCCACGAAAGGUCAAGAUAGACGCCCCAAGGUUUACCGGUAAGGAGGAUCCAGAAAUACAUCUGGAUUCUUUCAAUCAGAGUGCAACCAUGAAUGGUUGUACAGACGAAGAAAAGUGCCUCCUUUUCUUCCAAACCUUGCGAAAUCGAGCUACUGAAUGGUUCAACAAGCUUCGCCCAGGAAGCAUUGACUCAUUCAGUGACUUGGCCUCAAAAUUCAAGGCCAAGUUCCAGGAGAACUGUACUAAGAGGAAGAAAUUCACCUAUCUUAGUACAGCCAGGCAGAGGGAAUCUGAGAACCUCACCCAAUUCCUUACCCGGUGGAAGGAAGAGGUAGACAAGGUGGAAGAGAUGGAUGACAAAACCGUCUUGUCCCUUCUCUUGAAUGGCUUACGUGCCGGGGAACUAAACAAGGAGUUCUGCCGAAAACCCCCGGCCACGUAUCAGGAGGCCUACCACACUGCAUGGGAGUUUGCUGAGGCUGAAACUCAACUCCGGGCGAAGAAAGAAGCUGAGCAUGGUUAUAAGCCCAAGCCAGUGCAAGUCAAAAAGGAAGAGGCACCGGUAACCAGCCGGCCAAGGCACCACUAUGACCCGGUCGUCCGUGUGGUCAACACGGAAGAGUGCCAAGAAGUGAGAAAAGCACCGGUCAUUCCUCCGGAAGUUCCUACCGGUCAAACUGGGCGUCAGUGGUUGGGCACCUAUUGUUCGUACCACAGGUCAGAUUCCCAUAGCACUUCCGAAUGCAAGAGUGUUAGGGGGGUAAUCCGGCAGAUGAUAGACAGCGGAGAACUGGGCAAGGAUUAUCUGCAGAAAGCCCAGGAGAAGAACCAUCAAUGGGUAAGGCCAGUAACCCAGGGAAAUGGCCGGGACAAUGACCGGCGGAGGAACAACCGGCAGAGGGAGCAUCUGCCUGCCCCUGACAAAGAACAUAUUGGGAUGAUCUUUGGCGGACCCGAAGGAGGAGAUUCAGCCGCGCAGCGGAAAAACUGGGUUCGCAGCAUUUACGUUGGUGAGGUGAAUGCCGAACCGGCCAGGCGUAAGUAUCCUAGGAGGGAGCCGAUCGUCUUCACUGACCGGGAUCUCCCUCCUACCGGUGAAGAUCACAAUGAUCCAUUGGUCAUCACCAUGGACAUUAAUGGGGUGGAUGUCGCCCGGGUACUUGUUGACACCGGCAGCAGUGUCAACAUCUUAUACCUGGAGACUUUCCAAAAACUCAGGUUGUGUCGGACACAACUUGAGCCCCUCAAAAGCCCUCUAUCAGGUUUCACGGGAGAUACAGUGGAGGCUGAAGGGUCCAUAGUCCUACCGGUCGAACUAGGAUCGGGCGAAAAAACCGUAUGGAAGAAGAUGCGGUUCAUAGUUGUGGACAUCAAAUGCGUCCACAACGCAAUCCUUGGAAGGCCGGGUAUCAAUAAGGUCGGGGCGGUAAUUUCCAUGCCUCACCUGUGCAUGAAGUUCCACACUCCAGGUGGUGUGGGUGAGGUGAAAGGCUACCAGAGGAACGCCCGGGAGUCUUAUGCCCGGGCAGUCAAGAAGAUGACCAAGGGGGUCAAUGUCAUCUCCCAAGAGAUCACAAAGGGAGAGACCCGGGAGAAAUUGGAGCCCGAGGCCGAGACGGUGGAAAUCGAACUUCACCCGGGUGAUUCUUUAAGGAUGGUCAGAAUCGGAGCCAAUCUCCCAGAAGACCUCAAGGCGGAGAUUACACGGGUACUCCGAGAAUACGCGGGCAUAUUUGCAUGGAGCGUGGCAGAUAUGCCCGGAAUCGACCGCUCAAUCAUCUGUCACCGAUUGGCAGUGAGAGAUGGAAGUCGACCGGUACGCCAGAAGAAAAGGUACCUGGCCAGUGACCGGCGGGACUUCGUCAAGAAGGAGGUGAAGGAUCUCCUCAGUGUUGGUCACAUUCGGGAAGUCAAGUACCCGGAUUGGUUGGCCAACGUGGUUCUUGCUCCCAAGGGGGACACAUGGAGAAUAUACAACCUCCGGUUGAAUCCCAAGAAGUGCGUCUUCGCAGUUCGUACCGGGAAGUUCUUGGGGUUCAUGGUGACCAAGAGAGGAAUAGAGCCCAACCCAGAAAAAAUCUGGGCUAUCACUGAAAUGCAGGCCCCCACAUCUGUGAGGGAUGUCCAAAAGUUGACCGGUCGUCUAGCGGCACUCAGCCGGUUCCUUUCCCGUUUGAUCGUUGGACAAGUGACCGGUAACAUGGAAGCCAGAGAAGGGCGAAUGGCGCAAUACAAGGACCUGGUGCUUGCCUUGUUGAAAGGUUUUGAGGAAUUCAAGAUCGCCCAAAUCCCCCGGGCGGAAAAUGCAGAUGCGGACCUUCUCUCCAAAUUGACGCAGUAUGCUCCCGAGCAUGUUUCAAAACUUGCCCGGGUGGAAAUUCUUGAUCAUGCCAGCAUUGAAAAAUUGGAAGUAGCCGCCAUAGCAGGAGCAAACCAACCAGACCGGUCGAACUUGGUCGGGGCGGAUGACCACUGGAUGUAUGAUCUGAUGGAAUAUCUGAUGGACGGGACCUUGCCGGAACAAGAUGACCGAGCAAGAAAAGUGAGGCUCAGGGCGCCCCGGUUCCAAGUCCUUGACGGAAAGCUGUACAAGAGGGCGUUCGGGGGACCCCUCCUGAGGUGCCUAACCAACCGAGAAGCUGAACGGGUCAUAGCAGAGGUCCAUGAAGGUGUAUGCGCGGCACAUCAGAUGUCCCGCACUCUUUCCCAACGCAUCAUCUUGUUGGGGUAUUACUGGCCAACGAUUGUCCAGGAUUGCGAGAGGCUGCCCAUCGAAGCCGAAUUCCCAACGUUUCGGGAAUCAAAUUAUCAACCCCAGCAGAACGAGGAAGAUCACUUGGCCGAACUCAACUUGGUCGAAGAACGGAGAAUGGCCGCGGAAGUUAAAAUGAGCACAUAUCAACAAGUCGUGAAGAAAUACCAUGACAACAAGGUUGGACCGCGAUACUUUCAAGUCGGCGAUGAAGUCCUGCGAAGAAGGGAGGCUAGUAGACCGGGAGACGGGGGAAAGCUGGCCAAAAACUGGGAAGGACCCUACCGGGUGAGAGUUAUCAUUCGCCCGGGGACCUACCGGUUAGAAACUCUUGAUGGUAUACCGGUAGAAAGAACCUGGAAUUCCCAUCAUCUUCGCAAGUUCUACAAAUGAUUGUAAUACUAGGCAAGGCCUACUUUAUUAUCAAUCAAACCGAUGACAUUCAAUACUCUACAUGGUAGCAGCAGAAUUGAUAGGUC